CAUUUCUGAGGAACGAUCACCGGACCCAAAACGUUAACUCUGUCUUUUCCAUCACAGAUGCUGCCACACCUGCUGAGCUUUUCCAGCAAACUUGUUUUUGUUUUUAACGUUUCCUGUCCAGUGACCUUUCGUCAAAAGUCACGUAAACGGGGCACGAAGUAAGGCUUGUGUUUCUCCCAGGAUCCUUCAGGUCAGGAGUGCAUAUUGCGCCAGCGCGAGCUGGAUCGCCGGAAGUGACGGAUGAGAAUCAGUGAAGUGAGUUACAGAUUUUAUGCUUCAUGGGUUAUCUGAACGUUUCAGGAGUGUUGUAGAACUUCCGGAAGGACGCAGAGGUGUGAACAGGAUGGCCUUUCUUGUGAAGAAUCUUCUCCAGGUGGUCAAGAAGCCUCUGUGGCAGUUGUGCAAAUGUUCAGCUCUCUGUAGGCCAUCAGCCUGUUCAGUGACACAUAAGCAUUUGAGUAUGGUGGUUAUAGUGAAGCCCAAAAUUGGGCUGGAUCCCCUCAAGAUAGUGAGAUUUGCUGCCAUGCCGUUUCUUCAACAGUACCAACUACAAACUGUACAGGGAAUGGCAGGAAUGAAAACUAAGACUUCUGUAAAGAAGCGAUGCAAGGACUGUUUCUUUGUGCGUAGACGGGGACGUUUAUAUGUGUAUUGCAAGUCUCAUCCCAGGCACAAACAGAGGCAGGGGUAACCUAGAGAGUUGAACUUUAAUAAAUCGCUACAUGGAAAUUACAACAAAUGUGUAGAAUUUUGUGCUCCUGUUAAUGAUACCAUAUCAAAUAAAAUAAAAUUUCUUCUUUGGAAUCGGAA